CCAGUAUAGAUUUUAUUGCUUUCAUUUAAAAACGCAUCAGCGGUAUGCUCCCUGGGCUUUCUUCACGAGGUGAUGCCGGCUCUUUCUGCAAGUGUAGUUAGAAUCUAGUUUCUUCUUUAUAAAUACACUGUAAACAUUAGCUCAGUGUUGUGUACCAUCCAUUUAGUUUCUUUGCUUGCUUAUUAUGGACAGCCUAAUUCUGUGCUAGCUUUACUUGCUUUUAAAAAUGAAGACAAAUUUUAAACAGCUGACCAAAAUUAUGUUACCUCAUGUGGAGGCUGGGGUUAAGCAACAUCUGUGACCUGGCUAAGAGAAAGAAACCUGGGCUUCAGAUCAGUUUGUCAAAUGAUAUUUUAAGCUUUAAAUUCUCCAUAGUAUCAGUUGGACAAGGACAUAGACAGUCUUCAAUUCUGUUUGCAUUUUGCAGUGAUGGAGGAGAUAAACAAAGAGUGCCAGGCUCAGACAGUUCUACUGAGUUCAGCUAAUUUGAGAAGUGUUAAAAAUGGUGGAGAGUUCGUAGAAGAAAAGUUUGAUGAGGGUUUAGUUUUGUAAAUCUUGCAAAAUGCAUGCUUGUAUUUUCCAUAAAGACUAUUUAAAGUUUGACCAGUUCAUCUUCUGAGUUACAGUGAUGCCAUCUACUUAAAUUUUCAUUGAUGUUAUUAAAGAACAAGCUAUUAAAAUAAGUGUCCAACCAAGAGUUGAUAUGGACUGUCAGUAGCAGAAACCAAUUUGCCACAGGCUCAGUGCUUCCUAUAAAUCUAGGAGUGGAUGUUGACUUAACAAUAAUUGACAGAAUCCCUAAAUACUUCAAUAAAUACUUCUGGUUUUAAAAAUCUCACUGCUAAGUCACAUCCAAAUACUAAGACUCAAACCCUUAUGUUCUAAGGAGAAGAGGAACUUGACAUGGGGAAAAACACCAUGAAGCUUCUCUGUGCUUCACUUUCUCUUGCCAUGAUAUGCUGGCUAGCUGAAGGUACCCUGUCAAAAACAGAUGCAAAGAAAGGUGCUACAAAAAAACUGGAGGAAAAGAAGCUGCAUUCUGAUAAAAAUGUUCAGGACCGGGGAUUGGUGGUUGUGGAUCCAAAAGCAAAGGAUAUUAUACUGGAACAUAAAAGUUAUUGCUCCAAGAAGAUGAAGGAACGACAUUUCUCAGGAGAUGUUCUGGGAUAUAUAACUCCUUGGAACAACCAUGGCUAUGACAUUGCUAAAAUAUUUGGAAACAAAUUUACACUAAUCUCACCGGUUUGGUUACAAGUGAAAAGGAGAGGGAAGGAAAGGUUCCAGUUCACUGGGCUCCAUGAUGCUGAUCAAGGCUGGAUGAAAGAUGUGAGAAAAACCUCCAAAAACAUCAAAAUAGUGCCUCGAAUUUUGUUUGAUGGCUGGACUUACCAAGACUUUGAGAGUGUUUUUGGUAGUGAAGAUGAGAUAGAGGAACUUUCCAAGAACAUGGUUCUGCUAGCCAAGAAUGAAAAUUUUGAUGGUUUUGUAAUUGAAGUUUGGAGUCAGCUGGGAAAUCAAAAGCAAACGGAGUUGAUUCACUUGCUCACUCACCUUUCUGAAGCUCUCCAUGAAGCACAACUUAAACUCAUACUGGUCAUCCCUCCUGCAGUUGCAGCAGGGACCAACCAGCCAGGAAUGUUCACAAAGAAAGAAUUUGAUCAGUUGGCCUCAGCAAUAGACAGCUUCAGUCUCAUGACAUAUGACUAUUCUGCACCACAUCGACCUGGCCCAAAUUCCCCCCUUCCCUGGGUACGAGCUUGUGUUGAAGUACUGGAUCCUGAUUCAAAAUGGAGGAAUAAAAUACUUUUAGGACUGAAUUUCUAUGGCAUGGACUAUUCUGCUUUGGGAACCUCUGGGGAGCCAGUCCUUGGCAACAGGUACAUUGAAACCUUGAAGGAACACAAGCCAAAAAUUGUCUGGGAUGAACAAAUUGCUGAACACUAUUUUGAAUACAAAAAAAAUAAGGGAGGAAAACAUGCAGUCUUCUACCCAACACUGAAGUCCAUCCAGUUGCGCUUGGAGCUUGCAAAGGAAUUGGGCACUGGAAUAUCCAUCUGGGAACUGGGACAAGGCCUGGACUAUUUUUAUGACCUGCUUUAAAAUGAGAGAUGAUCUGAGAAAGACUUUAUUUGCUUCACUGAGGCUCCACCUUCAAUUAAUCCUGAAGAGGUAUCCUGAAGAGGUGAUUUUUAAAAUAUUUUUUGUAAUUUAUAUCAUAUGUGUAUUAAACUUCCAUUUUUUUUCCCAAUAAAGAAUCUUUUUUUGAUUUGCCA